UAACUCAAGAAGACUUGGAUUUCGUUGCCUGUGAAAGCGAUCGGUUUGAAAGUGAGAGAAUAAAAUGGAAGAACGAGCUGAUACAGCAAGCUGUAGCUCAGACAGAAGACGAGUACGAGAAGGCUAUAUUUAAAGCUAAAGAGGAAGAAAGAAAAAAAUUGAAAGAAGCGGAACGUAAACGUAAAGAAAAAUAUGAACGUUUGAGAAAGGUCUAUGACGAGUUUGAAUUAAAAUACGAAAGAGAGAGACUUAAAAGGGAGCAAGAAUUCCAAGCCGAACAAACAAAGUGGAGACAAGAGGCAGAGAAAUAUGAACGUGAACUUCAAGCAAAAAAACAAACAGAAUUAAAUCGUAUACGAUUAGAAGAGGAGCAAAAGAAAAGACGAGCAUUAGCUGCAGCUCAAGCUCAAGAAGCUGCCAUUGCUGAGGAAAAAAGAGUAAGGGAGAAGCAUAUACGAGAAGCUGAAGCCGACAAAAUAAAUAAAGAAACACAAAAAAUUGAAGCUGAGAAGAAAGCGCUUAAUAAACUUGUAUCAGAUAAUGCCUUGAAAGAGGAAGAAAAUUAUCGUCAAUAUCUAAAAUUAAUUAACGAUAAUAUUGCAAAGAAUACUCAGCUAAAAGCCGAAUCCUCAGAAUCAAGAAAAGGCAUAACUUUGGCGUUAAAUACUCUCACCAAUGAUAGGAGUAAAAUAAUUGAUAUAGCUGUUCGGUUAGAUAAAAUGCUCAAAAGUGUUCAAAAUAAUAAGCAACUUUAUUAUUAUCUUCUUAAUUUUGCGGCAAAAGGCAUCGUGAAACACGCAGAAGUUGAUGUAAUAUCCAAGGAAUCGGCGGCUUUUCCAUUUGCUCAUGUUUCUGUUUUAAUUUCGACAGAACAUCCUGAGUUUAUGGACAAAUUCAUGAUGGUUCGCUUAGUGAAAAAGUGCCCAUAUGUAUUACCAAGAUAUUAUGUCAAACUUCCGAAUCAAAGUUUGAAUGAUUUUAGAAAUCAGAUGGGUUUCAAGCAAAACGAAGAUGAAGAAGCUUAUGUCAAUAGAAUGUGCGCAAUUUUAGCUUUGUAUUGUGCUAUAAUGCAAACUAUUGCCGGUUCGCAAAUGAUACAAGUAUAUAAAGGGCAAGCUGGAAAAUUAUUUCUUACCACUUAUAAGGCUUAUGUACAACAACUUCCUCCAGAGAUCAAACCACUCUUAACAACUUCUCCUGCCGCAAUGUCACGGUUGAGAACAUUCUUAGAAAAUGCAUUUCAGAAAGGAUUUACUGAACCUGAAGGAAGCAUUCCAAAAUAUUGA